UAGGGCUUCACGCAACUGUGGUCUUCAGGAUACUAAGUUAUGUUUUAAAGCACAGUCUGUUAUUUAUUUUCAAGCCUUCAAGUGAUUAAAAAGAUGAAGGACUCAAACGGCUACCAGAAGGAACACUUGGCCAGAGAAAUGGCAGAACCUGUCAAUAACCAGUAUGUGAUCACCGGACCAGUUUACUCAGAGCUAUCAUUUGAUGAAGAGCACCAGAAGGUCUAUAGACACCAUAAAACCUUGGUGGACCAUCUCAGAUUAUGCUUUAGGUGUACCCCACAAAGGGCCAAAAGUGCCGCUCUUCAUUUGUUUCCUGUGGCUUCCUGGUUACCUGCAUAUCAGAUCAAGAAAUGGCUUCUUAGCGACAUCGUUUCCGGAAUUAGCACGGGGCUGGUCGCCAUCCUACAAGGCCUAGCAUUUGCUUUAUUGGCAAAUGUUCCUCCGAGUUAUGGACUCUACGCAGCCUUUUUCCCCGUGGUUAUAUAUUUCUUCUUUGGCACGUCCAGACAUAUAUCNACAAAAAAGUCUGGAUAG